AUGCGUCUUCUAAAUACGACGCCGUCCGAUACGGGCAACUUCACCAUUGAGGAAUUCUUUGGUGAGCCCCCGCCGUACGCUAUUCUCUCGCAUACAUGGCACGAGAUGGAGGUCACGUUUCAGGAUAUUACGACUGGCAUUACCGAUAAGAAGGGGUUCAAAAAGGUCAAGGAUUGUUGUACGUUCGCUAGGGCCAACGGGUAUGGAUACGCCUGGAUCGAUACGUGUUGCAUUGAUAAGACAAGCAGUGCGGAGCUGUCUGAGUCACUUAAUUCUAUGUAUCGGUGGUAUCAGGAAGCUGAAGUAUGCUAUGCGUAUCUUCCGGAUGUGCCGUCAAAGCCUUUAGCGGAGAGUAGAUGGUUCACGCGAGGAUGGACGCUUCAGGAGCUAAUCGCUCCGUCGUCAGUUAUUUUUCUCGAUCAUGAUUGGAAUGAGUUGGGAACCCGAGAGAGCCUACGAGAUGCUCUAUCGGAGAUUACUAGCAUACCUGUUGGUAUUCUGACGGGGGAGGACGAUGUUGAAACUGCUAGUGUUGCUCAACGGAUGUCAUGGGCUGCGAGAAGGGUGACAACAAGAGUUGAGGAUCGGGCAUAUUGUCUAAUGGGCAUAUUCGGGAUCAACAUGCCGCCUAUUUAUGGGGAGGGCAAAAACGCCUUUAUUAGACUCCAGGAAGAGAUCAUGAAAAUAUUGGAUGAUCACAGCAUAUUUGCCUGGCGAUCGGACUCUGAAGAUGAGAAUCAUGGGGGGCUGUUAGCAACAUCCCCAGAUGCGUUUAGGGACUCUGCCAAUAUUGUCCCAUACAGCCCUUUCACAACUGCCGAUGGGCCCUUGACCAUAAGCAGCAAAGGGAUACAUCUGGAACUACGUUUUAUUGGUGUUGGUCACCCUGGUCUCGGGCUUGGUAUCUUGCAUUGUGCGGAGAGCGAUGCGAGUGGCAGGAAUAGAUUAAUUGCAAUUCACAUGCAAGAUGUAUUCUUGACAAUGCAGCAUUUUCAGAGGCUUCACUGCGGAGGGUUUAUUCACCUCACUUUAGAAGAUCUUAAGCCAUCACAAUAUCCCUUGAGAAGAAUAUGUGUGAAACAACGACGUCCAGCAACACGUAAGGUCGCAAAGGACAGAAAAGUGCAAGAUACAGUGACAACUAUAGAUAAUCUCCAGUUGCAAAUUUUAGCCAACCCACUUCAGGUCUGUUGCGAUACAGAGAAAAACUGGAUAAAUGCAAAUGGAAUAGAUGGGAAGGGACAGGUGCUUCUGUCGCGCGCCGCAGAAAAGGGUCAUGCUGAAAUGCUCUGGUUAUUGCUGACCCGCAGUGAUGUUCGUCCUAACGGACGGGAUAUCAACGGCCACACACCACUAUCCCGCGCAGCAGAAUGUGGACAGGAGGCUAUUGUGAAGCUAUUAUUGGCCCGGAACGAUGUUGAACCAGACUUGGGGGAUGAGAUCGGACGGACCCCCCUUUCAUAUGCAGCAGCGUCUGGUGGAUUGGCCGUUGUCAGGCUACUCCUCCAGUCGGGUAAAGUGUAUGCGGACUCGAGGGAUAAAUUUGGUCGAACCCCUUUGUCACGGGCCGCAGAAUCUGGCCAUAACCCGGUGGUUAAAUUACUGCUUGCGAAGGGGGUUGACGUGGACGCUAAAGAUGAACAACGAGGCCUAACACCACUUUCCUGGGCUGCUACCAAAAACGACCAUGAUGCGGUGGUCGGGCUACUGCUCGAUAAUGGGGCUGACAUAGAGUCCAAGGACUCAUCUGACCGAACACCAUUAUCUUUAGCUGCACGUGAAGGGCGUGAGGCAGUAGUCGCAUUCUUACUAAAGAAAGGGGCAGAUAUAGAGUCACACGACAACAUAUCAUAUACACCACUAUUAUGGGCUGCAUUCAGAGGGCAAAGAGCAACAGCAAAGCUUUUACUGGAGAAUGGUGCUUCUAUAGAAUGUCGAGAAAACAGGAGACAAACACCAUUAGCGGUCGCCGCGGAGCGUGGCCAUGAGGCAACGAUGAGAGUUCUCGUGGAAUAUGGAGCAAAUAUAGACUCCCUGGAUAUUAUAAAGGAGACGCCGCUGUUGCUUGCUGUAAAGAGAGGUUGUGAGGCAGCGGUAAAGUUAUUACUAGAAAAGGGGGCCAAUAUUGAGGCUCGAGAUCGCGUACUGCGAACACCUUUAUUCAUAGCUGUAGAUGAAGGCCAUGAAGCGGUCGCAAAGUUGCUCCUUGACAAGGGGGCUGAUACACGGUGCCAGGAUAAUCUGCGACGGACACCACUAUCCUUGGCUGCGGAGAAGAAUCUGGUUACAUUGGUGAAGCUGUUACAGGAUAUGGGUACACAUGCUGGGACUGUGGACCAAGAUCGCAGAUAA